CUUUCUACGUCUCUGGUCGAACAAUGAACACUCAGCUCGUUCUCCUGCUGGCUCUCGCCGCCGUUGCUGCGUCGGAUUCUCAACCUUCGUCCUUCUAUGGAAUACCUCAAGCCAGAACCCAAGUAUCAGAUGAUUCUUCCGAAACGUCAUCAGAGAGUCGUCACGUCUACCAUCAUAACGAUAGAUCUGAUGAAGAUUCUGCUGAAUAUGGACCUGCAAAGUACGACUUCGACUGGGCCGUGAAGCAUGACUACUCAGGCAACCACUUCGGCCACCAGGAGUCCCGCGACGGAGACUACACCCAAGGCUCGUACUACGUGCAGCUUCCCGACACUCGUUUGCAGACUGUCAAGUACUACGUGGACGGUGAUUCUGGCUACGUGGCCGAAGUGGAGUACGAGGGCGAGGCUCAGCAUCCCGAGUCUGAGGAAUAUCGAGUGUCUCGAGGCCGAUAUUCAGCACCAGACUCAAGCGAGGACUCGUCCGAAACGGUCGUUCGAGCUCCCUCAAGAUUUUAUAGCUCACCUUUGUAAAUCUUAGACGAAAAGGACAGAUCUCGUUUCGAUGGCUAUGAUCUCAUAUGGAUAUUAUGUGAAUAUAAUUUAUCUGUAUAUUUAACUGUAGUAAAGUAGAGCAAGCAUGACAA